AUGGCAAGAAGCAAGGGCGCCGCCGCCAGGCGAAGGAAGGCCGCCACGGCCAAGAAAGCCAACGCGAACGCGAACGCCGCCAGGACGGUCGAGGCUCCCAAAAAGGCCGUCGUCCCCGGAAAAUGUCCACUCCCGUCGGACGUGCUGGCGGAGAUCCACGAACGCCUGCGGUUCCUCGACCGCAUCCACUUCGCCUCGGUCUUCGCGUCCCGCGACGACGAAAGGUUCAAGCCGUACGCGCCAUGGCUCCUCCUCCCCGGCAAGUCCCCGGAGAAGUUCGAGCUCUUCUCCAUCGCCGAUCGGCGCAGCGCCACCUUCCAGCCCGCCGCGGACCCCGCGUUGCGCGGCCACCUCGUCCUCGGCUCCUCCCGCGGGUGGCUCGCCACGGCCGACGACCGGGGCCAGAUCUACCUCGUCAACCCUCUCAGCGGCACGCAGCUCAGGCUGCCGCACAUGUCCACCAUGGGCCUCUUCCUGCCGAGCACGCAAUACCAGCACUUCUCCCUCGUCAUACCGGACUUUCUGAAAGCCCGAUUCGGCGGGGGUGGUCCUCUCGACGUCCCCGCGCCCCGGCAGCUACGCCGCCAUGCUUAUCAUGGAGCAUACGAUCGGCGCCCCGGCCUUCACCCCGCGUGGAGGCUGGCACCCUCGCGCGAAGGCGUCGAUGACGCCAUCCACCACGACGGCCGGUUCUACUCCGUCUCCUACUCAGGCCUCGUGGAGGCGUGGGAGCGCAACGCGGUGUCCGGCGCGUACACUAGCAGGGCCGUCGCGCCAAGGCUGGCCCUUGGGGAAAACGAAGAUGGCAGCUCGUCGUCGUGCCACAAGUACCUCGCGGCGGCGCCCGGAGGGCGGCUGAUGGUGAUGCUCAAGUACCUCGAGGUGAUCAAGGAGCAGUACGCCAGGGCAGGCGGCCGUGCUCCUUCAAGGUGCAUGUCCUCAGCGACGAAGGGCAGUGGAAGGAGGGGACGGACAUCGGCAACGUCGCGCUGUUCGUCGGGGUGA